UUCUAUUGCUUGUCACUCCUGAAGCACAGAUCAUUAAACAUUCUGCAGAUGUGGAUGCAGUGACUCCCCAGGUUUAGAAUAGGGCUCAGACCAUCAUGAAGGCUCGUUUGAAAGGGGCCCAGACAGGUCGCAACCUCUUAAAGAAAAAAUCUGAUGCUCUGACUCUUCGAUUCCGACAGAUACUAAAGAAAAUCAUUGAGACUAAGAUGUUAAUGGGUGAGGUGAUGAGAGAAGCUGCAUUCUCACUUGCUGAGGCAAAAUUUACGGCUGGAGACUUCAGUACCACUGUGAUCCAGAACGUGAACAAAGCUCAAGUCAAGAUCAGAGCUAAGAAAGACAACGUAGCAGGUGUAACCUUACCAGUGUUUGAACAUUACCAAGAAGGAGGGGACAGUUAUGAGUUGACUGGAUUAGCUAGAGGUGGGGAGCAGCUCGCAAAACUGAAGAGGAACUAUGCCAAAGCAGUGGAGCUGCUUGUAGAACUGGCCUCGCUCCAGACUUCAUUUGUUACGCUGGAUGAAGCUAUUAAGAUAACAAACCGGCGUGUGAAUGCUAUUGAACAUGUGAUUAUUCCCAGGAUUGAGCGCACGCUGUCCUACAUCAUCACGGAGCUGGAUGAGAGAGAGCGAGAGGAGUUUUACAGGUUAAAGAAGAUCCAGGAGAAGAAAAAAAUAUUGAAAGAGAAGAGUGAGAAAGAGCAGGCCUUACGGAAAGCUGCUGGGGUGGAACAUGAACCUGCCAAUCUGUUAGCAGAAGAGAAGGAUGAAGACCUCCUCUUUGAGUAGCUCUGUUGGAGGGGGAGACCUAGAUGGCAGUGUGUUAACUGAUGUAAUUCUGGACAUGCUUUCUGGAUAUUUGGUGUAUUAGCCUGUGAGCUCCAUUGGUUGUGUUUUUUCCCAAGAUGUGAACUCGGAGCAUUUUUUGGUGGGGCAUGGAAGCAGAAAAAGGAGCCUAAUAGGAGUCUGGUCUCUUUGGCAGUAGGAAGAACCUCUCCCUUACACCAAUCUACCACCAGCUGUUUGCUUUUUAAUGGCUACUGAAUCUGUACUGCUGUUGAUUAAGGAUGUAUUUAUAGCAAUCAUACCCCCCCUUUCUCCCCUUCCUACCUUUUAAAACAGUGGGAAAAAACCUAUGUGCAUGUUAACAGGUGUUGCUACAAUUAACUUGCAAACUAAUGAUAGAAAAGCUGGAUUGUUCAGGCUAACCUUGUUGCAGAAAUCCACACACUUGUAAACACUUGCCUGGAAGACAUCUUCCAUGUUGUGUAACUGAGAAAAUUAAUGUCUGUGCUGUAUGAUAGUAAAAUAAUUAAAUGUUCACUCUAAGUAGGAGACAAUGUUGCUACUUUCCUGAAGUAAACCUGGAAACCGUGGCACAGCAGGUUCCAUAACAGGGCAAGUUUUGCCCUUGUACCUUAAUCCUGAACCAGAGGGGACCACUUCUCUCAUGAGGUGAUUAUAGAGGAGGAGAAGUGCUAUGGAUCACAUUCUAGUGUAACCCUGACUGAAAUGGCAAAACCACUUUCUAUAGGCCACUGAGCAAUUUUAUAUAGGAUUUUUAAAGUCCCUGUUGUGCUAAGUAUAGGUAGAUAAGGCAAAAACAAUCAAUAGGUCAUUCCUAUUAUUCUUCUGCUGUUGAGGGGUCAAACACAGCAGUACAAGAGCAAUAUUUUACAUUAUCUUACAUUUUGGAUUGCAUGAGUUUGCAACCUGACUGUAGGUAGGAGCAGGACUGUAUUCAGUCUUCUCCAAUGUGUGGUACUGUACAGGAUUACAGCUAGAGCUCUGGGGAGUUGGAACCUCAAGCCUGGGGGGGGGGGGGUGUGUGGCUGCUGCUGGGCUUCAGUUCCCACUUGACUAUGAGCACAGCCCUAAUUUGCAAUCUUUCCUAUCAGCUACAUGCAUGCCCCUGAGCUGUGCCCACACAGUUAAGACACUUGUGUUACUUGGUUUGAGCUUAAGAGGCACUUAGUGCUUUUAAAAACAUUACAGAAGAAUGGAACUCUUCAAUUGAAAUACUAAAGCAUUUACAUUCAAGGCCAAAGCAGCCUUUGCUUAUAUGCUUGCUGAGCAAUGGCAGAAGAGAUUUCAAGAGUAGCUAUGUCAGAUAAAAAUUGUGAUUUAUUUUGUCUAAAUAUUUUACAUUUUUUUUUUUACAUAGUGUGCAGUUCAUGAGAUCUCCAAAUACAGAGUGCGGAUACAUGAUACAGAAGUACAAGUUGGGGCUAACCACAGGUCACAGUAAAGUUCUUAAUUGUCAAGUCCACAUAUUAUAUUAUACACCUAUUCAUAA